AUGGGGAUGGGCCGGACAUCCAAUCGGCGGUGGCAGGGCGCGAUGGGCUCAAACUGCGGGCCCCACCUCGAAUCCGACUGGAUCGGCAUCUCCAACUCUGAACUGAAGCCUACGGCUGCUCCAUUUCUCAUUUCACUCCGGUCCACCGCGUCAUUGCUCCGCGCCGACUUUGCGCCAUGGCUCCCCUCACCUCGGAAGAUUACAAGGUCCUCGAGCAGGCGCGACAACGUCUUGUCCAGCUCACCAGAUCUUUGGGAUCAUUGGUCUCCAGCUUGGAACAGGGCGAUCCUCUGCCACCGUGGUAGGUCAUCUCCUCCCCCCUCUCUUGACUCCUCUCAAGGCGCCUCCUUCUUUGAGUUGAUGUCCUCCAUCCAAGCGCAAGCCAACAUCAUAUCCAACAACCUCAUCAGUGUGACCGAACACCUCUCAGACCACCGGGACCUCUUGACCUCCAUUGUCGCCUACCCGGGUCCCGAAUACCCCGGGCGCACACAAGAAAAUAUGCUCCAGCAACUUUUACGCACCAAACUUGACCCGCGCGUAGACGACUGGGUCGCUCGCGGUCGUGCGAUAGGCACGGCGCCCAACACUUCCUCCGUCACCCACGCCGCCUCCUCCGGGACGAUACCGAACCCCAGCGAGGUGGCCACGACCAACACGAAACAAUUGACCGAUGCCGAACUCACUGAACUCUGGCAAUGGGCCCCCAUCGAGGCAAAUCAAGAAGCCCGACAACGGAAUUGGGGUGGGAACUACACGUUGGAAGAGCGUGAGGCGGGCAUCCAGAAUGUGGUCACCGGUCUACGGAAACCAUUGGAAGACGAUGACGGUAGCGACGACGAGGACGAGGACGAGGGCGAAGACGAUGAGGGUGAAGAUGAGAUGGAGGUCGUGGGCGUACAUCGCAAGCCCAGCGGCGGCGUCGAAUAUGAUAUUGCGCCUCACCAUGCUCAUCCCGUCACGCCCGUGGUACCGCUCGACAAGAUUCUUCGCUACAUGACCACGGGUCAUAUGCCAUGA